UCACCGCAUAUCCACUGAAUCCGGCGAUCAUAUUCGCUUUGCUGCGAGUAUUUAGAACUAUAUCACCAUCGUAACAUUCCUUUCCGAGGCUGUUUUCGUUGCCCCUCUGCCACGUCUGGCUUAAAGGGGGAACACCGCACCUGCUGCUGUCCCACUUCUUCUUUGACACUUGUGUGCUGAUCCCUCAUCUCAGCUUAUUAGCUUCCUCUCCUCGAAGAUUACUUCCCUUGUGUUGAGAUUAUUCCUCGAGAGUGUUUUCUUGCUUUGUGAUUGCGUUUCGCGUUCCGGAGUCGGGUUUCUGAGUGCGGGAGCGAAGUUAGGUGCUGUUGGUCAGGAUGCCUCGCACUUUUCCUCAACCUGGGGAACAAGCCUUGCACGAUGACAACGGUGAAGGGCCAGUGGAAUAUGACUAUGAUCUCUUCGUCAUAGGGGCUGGAAGUGGUGGCGUUCGAGCUUCUCGAACUGCUGCUGGUUUUGGGGCAAAAGUUGCCAUCUGCGAAUUACCAUACCAUCCAAUCAGUUCGGAGUCUGCUGGAGGCAUUGGUGGGACUUGCGUGCUGCGUGGAUGUGUGCCGAAGAAAAUAUUGGUGUAUGGAUCAGCCUUCGGCGGAGAGUUCCAGGAUGCAAGAGAGUUUGGGUGGAACAUAAAUGGCGACAUCACUUUUGACUGGAAAAGGCUAAUUGCAAAUAAGACAAAAGAAAUUAUUAGGCUGAAUGGAGUGUACAAGAGGUUGCUUGCUGGGUCUAAAGUUGACAUGUACGAAGGUGGUGGUAAAAUCGUUGAUCCUCAUACAGUGGAUGUCGAACAAACUGGUGGAGAAGUGAAGCGAUUUACUGCCAAAAAAAUCUUGGUUGCUACAGGCGGACGUGCUGUUCCCCUGAAUAUUCCCGGAAAGGAAUUGGCCAUUACGUCUGACGAGGGUUUGAGUUUGGAGGAGUUUCCGAAAAGAGUUGUCAUUGCCGGCGGAGGGUAUAUUGCCGUGGAGUUUGCUGGAAUCUACAGUGGAAUGGGAGCGAAGGUGGACUUGUUUUACAGGAAGCCCUUACCUCUCACUGGAUUUGAUGAAGAGAUGAGAGAAGUUGUAGCAAGAAACCUUGAGAAUCGAGGCAUUAAAUGCCAUCCUGAAACAAAUCUCACGAAGCUGGAGAAGGUGGCAGGUGGAAUUAAGGUCACCGUUGACAACGGUGAAGAACACGAAGUCGAUGCUGUCAUGUUUGCGACAGGUAGAAAGCCUUCAACUAAAAACAUCGGAUUGGAGGAUGUUGGUGUGGAGUUAGAUAAGACUGGUGCAAUCAAGGUGAAUGAAUAUUCUCAAACAAAUGUGCCUAGCAUUUGGGCCAUUGGAGAUGUCACUAACCGGAUCAACCUCACGCCAGUUGCACUUAUGGAGGGCACGUGUUUUGCCAAAACAGAAUUCGGUGGAAAACCAAUGAAGCCAGACUAUGAGAACGUUGCCAGUGCGGUGUUCUGCCAACCACCCUUGUCAGUCGUAGGCCUGACUGAGGACAAAGCUGUGAAACAAGCGAAGAAUGAUAUACUUGUCUUCACCUCCUCGUUCAAUCCCAUGAAAAAUACUAUUUCUGGGCGAGUAGAGAAAACAUUCAUGAAGUUAAUUGUUGAUGCCGUUACCGAUAAAGUUCUUGGUGCUGGAAUGGUGGGUCCUGAUGCUGCGGAGAUCAUGCAGGGUGUUGCCAUUGCUCUUAAAUGUGGCGCUACGAAGGCUCAGUUCGAUGCAACGGUUGGUAUUCAUCCGACAGCUGCUGAGGAGUUGGUGACAAUGCGAACGGCCACAAGAAGAGUCACCCCCAAAGGGGAAGUUCUCAAGGUGUAGAUAUGAAAGGCGAUGUUGAUAAUGGUCAAGGGUUUCCUUCUCCUGCAUUUCAAGCAAGAAUUUUUAUGUUUGAGCUCCCCACCGUAUAGUGUUCCUUCUCGAUUACUCCAUUGAUCUAAUGGGAGAGUGAGAACAGAUCAUUCCUUUAUAAUUUCACGUUGUUACAGAGCUGCUAUUAUGCUCCCUUGAUUAUGGGCGGCUUAAAAGCAAAUGAAGCUCAGUAUUUGCUUUGGUUCGCCUUGCUCCUGAUCUUAGAUAAAAUAUGUUACUUUUUCCAGUAUGUGUUGGAGGUGGUCUCAUAUUUACCAUUUUGUCAAGAACUAGAGUUGAACUUUCUUAUCACUUUCGUUUUAGUGAAGCGAGUUUAUUUGAAAAGGAGUAUAUAAUCUAUCAAACUUCAUUAUAUUAUUUUUUAAAAGGAUACAAUUUAUUUAGGAUUUUACUACAAAAACGCAUUUUAAAUUUGAUUAUUACUUUGACACCAA